AUGCCUACUGCCGAAGCCAUUGCUGAAUUGACGGAGAAGAUGGCUACGGCCACUGCUACCGAGCUGGGGGCUCUCUCCCAGACUUUGAUCGCCGAAGUCCAGAAGAGGUCGAAGCAGGAGGAGGAGGAACGGGAGAAGGAGAAGAGGGCCGAGGAGGAAAGGGAAGCGGUCAGGCUUGUUAGCGUGGCCGAGACGAUCCGGGAGUGGCUUCCUCAACAAGGACCUCGAGGGUUGAUGAGGGCGGCGUUGGCUCGGUGGGAUGCGCAACAUCCCGAAGACGCCACCACCACCACCACCACCGACAAGAAGGCCGAGAAGACGGUCGUUCCCCCCGUCCCCCAACCCCCUCCCGCCGCCGACUCCUCCUCCUCCGGCCCCAGUCGAGAACGCCGGGCCUCGACUCCCUUGAAGGACGUCUUAAAGGCCUUCGUCCUGGCCGCCACCCCACAGAAGAAGAGGAGGGUCGUGGUUGAGGAGGAUGACUCGGAUGACGUCGAGUACCUCAGGGAGGACGGGCCUUCGCCCAAAAAGGCGAUCAAGUUCGCCGCGAGGAGGAACGCAAGGGCGGAGAAGGGGAAGGGGAGGGCCAGCCGAGUGGAAGAAGUGGAGGACGAGUUCGGGGAGGGCGACGACUUUGUCCUGCCUCUUACGAAGCCCAAGCAUUGGAAAGAUGAAGCGUGGAGACGGGCCAACAAGGCCUACGAGAUCAUGUCCAACCCGGACGCAGUAGUGGUCCCCGACGAAUGCUACUGCAAGACAUGCAAUGGGCGAACGCGAUCCGGUGCGUUUCCGAACGACAAGCUUCGGGUGGCUUGUGACAAGGCCUUCGACCAUUGCGUGGUCAUACCGGGGGAGAAGGAGGCCUGUGUAAGGUGUAUCUGGAGGUACGGCGAGCCCUGCGACUUCGAGAAGAGACCAUAUGUGGUCAAAGAACGCAAGCCGAUGAUCGUCAGGAUCACCAACCCCCUCCCCGCCACCCCCGUCACCCCCGUCACCCCCACUCCCGCCGGGCCCGCUAGUCAAGCUCUGGCCCAACUCCAGCCCGCCCUGAUGGAUCCGACCACGGGCAAGUUCUGGUUCCAGGCUGGAGGUUCUGGUAGUUAG